CUUGGGGUCUUGCAUCAAGAUAUUUUUAGUAUAUUGUCACAGAGAUUGCACAUGGAGACAAGUCAGAUUUUAGUUUCUGGAUGGAAUGAUGACAGCCAAAUUGCCAUGGAGCAGAAGGGGCCACCGGGAGAGCUUUAUUUUGUGGGGAAGAAAGAAGAAUUGAUGGAAGCAAAGCGCACUUUCAGAACAGUGGAGGAUCGGGAUAUACUGAUCAUCUACCACCAGGAAGGCUUCUAUGCUAUGGACUCUUACUGUCAUCAUGCUGGUGGGAUGCUGCAGAAUGGGGACAUCGAGGAAAUUGAUGGCAAGCUGUGCAUAAUUUGUCCCAAACACAAGUACAAGAUUUCCCUAGCCAAAGGUGAAGGUUUAUACAAAGGCAAUGACCCCACACAAAAAACACCUAGGACCAAAUGGUUCUCGAAAGGAGUGAAACAGCGAGUCCACACAGUAACAGAGACCAAUGGGGACAUCUAUGUAAAGCUCUCUAGGGAGCCAGCAUGGAUCGACUCUGACUACUUCCAAGGAGAGAAGGGCAAAGUGGAAAGGGCCAGGGCUGAGGCCCUUGAGACGAUGGCAUCUACCUAAUAAGUGACGCACGACGCCAUCCUCUUGCCUCAUCUGACCUCCUCUCCAUGAUGUUUGUGUUUCCAUGAAGACUGUAAAUACCGUAGAGCAUUUUAGACCUAUAGUGGCCUACAAGCAAGUCUGUUUGAAUGAUACAGCUUUUAAAAUACUUAAAAUUACAUUCAGGUUCAAUAGCAUCAGUGUUUCCUAUACAUUCAUUUAUUUGUGGCGGCCAGCCAGGACUCAAUUUGAACCACCACAAAUAGAUUUGGCACUACCUGUUCGCCCUUGCUCAUAAACACAUCAUAACGGGACUGUGAGUGUAGCGUGUGGUUCCAACGCCAAACAGUAGAUAGCAUUGACAUGCUGCUUCUUAACACAGUUCAUACACACCCAGGGCCUCGUUUAGAAAACUGUGCAUGGAUUCCAUCCCAAAACAUUGCGUACUCCCAAACCUCAGAUUCUAUAUACAGUUGUCCCUCGCUAUAUUGCAGUUCGACUAUCGCGCCCUCACUAUAUUGCGUUUUUUCAAAACAUAAAUGAUCGCUGUUUCGUGGUUGACCAUGGCCUAUUGUAAGUACAAAAAUGUUAAAAGACAAGUUAUAUGCAGUAUUCUGAUCACUAGGCAUCAGUAAUGUUAUGACACAUGAUGUUAGACUACAUUACCUUUCACACUGCAUGGAGACUGGCUACUGAGCCAGCAGAGCAGAGCCGACAUGCCAUGACUGAGACGGACAUACCAUGGCUGAGAUCGAAUGGAAAAAAAGGUUCUCUUCUCAUUCCGCAUGGAAGUGGUCAGUUUUUGGCUUUGUCCUUCCUCCGCACUCUGUUUGAAACACUUCAAGUUUAGAAUAAGUCAAUUGGAGAGGCUAACUAGUUAGCUCGCUAGCUUGCUAUACUAGUGGCAGCCGUCUGUUAUGUCCCUGCAGUGAUCCCGUAGCCUGCCGCAUUGUGAUGCAAAAAAAUAAUAAUAGGUGUGUAAAGGUGACUAUACAGUAGGGGUGUUAUUUUUUGUCUACAGGACUCUAAUAAUGUCCAUACUCAUAUUUAGAAAGUCCUAAACAGGCUUUCAAUGCUCUAACUAUGAAAUAUUCCAUUUAGUAAUAUUGAAUCCUACUUUGAGGAAAUUCACUUAUCGCGGUCGGGUCUGGAACCAGCUAACUGCGAUAAACGAGGGACAACUGUACGCAACUAAAAUUUCAGAUAUAUUGUCAUUGUCAUUAUAAUGUCAACUACAGUGAAUUGUGUGCACAAGAUCUCAACUCUAGCAACAAAUUUAGCAAAUUCUUCUGGUCUUACUGGACACCGUUGGAGACUCUUAACAUGUAUCGCUCUUCUCAACGAGCAGGCAAGGCAAGGCAAGUUAAUUUUUCAUCUGUUCCAGAUUUUGGCAGCAUAAAACUGUUUAGUUUUAACUCUGGGCACUCGCAGGAGAACACCACCUGAGCUUCUCAGCACUCGAGAUGGUUUAUGUGGCUCUAACAUGUCAGAGAGGUACUUUGCCGCAAGACCAUGAAUAGACCUGUACACAAGCAGAACUGUUUUAAAGUCUAUUCCCUGACUACAGGAAGCCCUGGCAGAGACUUGAGUACUGGACUAAUAUGGUCAUAUUUCCUGGUUCCAGUCAGGACUCGAGCAGCAGCAUUCUGGAUGUACUGCAGCUGUUUUACUGCUAGUUUAGAGAGCCCGGUGAGAAGGCCGUUACAGUAGUCUAGCCUGCUGGACACAAAGGCAUGGAUUAGUCUCGCUAAAUUUGGCUUAGACACUAUUCACUUGAUUUUGGCAAUGUUUUUUAGGUGAUAAAAAGCUGAUGAUGUUAUUGAUUUAAUGUGGGUGUUAAAGUUCAGAUCCAUUAUUACCCCUAUAUUUCUAACCCCACGAUUAGGUUUUCGAGAAAGACUCUCAAGGUGACUGAUAACACUUUCUCUUUGUUUCUGUGAGCCAAAGACAAUGAUUUCAGUUUUGUCUGAGUUUAGCUGAAGAAAGUUGUUUUGCAUCCACACACCGAUCUUUUUAAUGCAGUGACUAAGUAAAUCUGCAGGACCAUGUUCUGCAUAGUUGUGGUAGGGCGCAUUGCAGCUGCGUGUAUUUUCUAGCCUAAAGGAAGCAUGUAUAGCUUAAACAAUAGGGGUUCCAGGAUUGACCCCUGAGGAACUCCACGGGUCAUAGCCAUUUGGUCUGAGACACAGUUACCAGUUACAGCAGGUGCUGCUGUGGAUCCAUCUUGCUGGUGACAUAAGAAAACACAAAAAGAAGUGACAAAAGAAAGUUAAUUUGUAUUUCUAAACAUAUUUGCUGUGCUUUUCAUGUUUUUUCCUCACUUUUUGUCUCCCACAGCGUCCAUAAAAAUCACAUGCACAUGCAUCAUGGCCAAUUACGUAAGCAAAUUAGACAAUGACUCCAUUAUACCGCCAUCCCCCCCGCCACAAAUAGAUUGGAGUUCUGUGGGAAACACUGAGUAUAUACAAUUAUAAAUCAAUUUACUAUGUGCUUAUGAAUCAUUUAUGGUUAUUUAUAUUUACAUUAUUUAUAUGAUAAUGAUGAUUUUCAGUGCAAAUGCCACACAGUGGUAAUUUUCUUUAUUGAUUAUAAUCCUCCAGAAGUCAAGUGAAAUUCUUGUAUUUAUGUUACAUAAAUUGAAUCUAGGUGUCACUACACACUGUCCGAUGAGUGUAUGAUUGUUGUAGUUCACCUACUAAUAUUUGAAUAAAAGAGAUGCUCUUUGGUAACAGUGUUGGGCAAAUUAUUUCCAAAAUGUAAUACGUGCUGUGAAGGUGUGGCCCCCAAA